AAUGAACUUGAGAAUAGUAGUUUGUACUGUAGCAUGUGUAGAUGGCGCUAGUAGUCUUACUUCAACAGCUAAAACUGAAAUUUUGCACAAAGAAACCUAUGGUGAUACUAGCGAUGCAGAAACAUAUAAAGCUGGAAUUCAAAUGUCAUCGUCUCAAAGUUCACCAACUAGCAUUGAAUUUUCAGGUAACCCAGGUAAACCUGUCCAAUUUUGCUAUACACCAAGGAAUCCUGAUGAAGUUGAUUUAGACCCACCAGUAAAUACGUUUUUUAUAUCUCAGACUCCUACAACUGUUGUGGCUACUCAGAAAAAUGGAGUUCAGUCAAGCUUUUUGGUGUUAAAUUGUAUUGCUGAUUCAAAAACAUUUAUCUAUGACAUUCCAAUUGUCUUUGCUAAUGUUGACCCUUGGGCCUCUUUAGUUGGAGAUCCACAUUUCAAACAGCCAAUUUUUGAUCAAUUAAGCUCUUUGAAUACACAUAUCUGUUAUGAUGUUACAGGAUUUGCUGGGGACUAUAUACUUGAAUCAUGA